UGGUAUUUUCUAGAUUUUGAAGACGAUGCUGGGCUAUUGUUAUCCACCCUGUUGAUCAGCUCUGUCGUCGUCUACAACACCCUGGGAGUCCCAUCGAAAAAGGAUCUGAACAAACUGAAAUUUCUCACAACGCUUGCAAAGAAUCUCAGCAUACAAGAGGGACAGGUCGUUACUGAUUUGAAAGAGUUCCGUUCUCACAUGCCUGAUUUCAUUUGGCUGUGCCGCGACGUCGACAAAAAGUUGAUUUUACCGUCAACAAAGGAAGAGUUAUCAGCAAGCGAUUACUUCUUAAGAGUGGUGUGUGGCCGAGACACGGCGGAGGACGAGUUGACCGAAGAAGAUAGGACGGCAGAGGCCCUGGUCUCGGCGUUCUGCUCUGUGGAUGCUUUCUGCCUUCCCUGCCCAGGACCAGAAGACGUGGUGGAGGAUAUCGCGAAACAUGCCGACAAAAUCAGUCCCAAGUUUACCAAAGAACUGGAUAAAUUCCUAGAUGUCAUGGCACAGAAAAUUCGACCUAUAUAUGGAUAUGCGGAUGGGCCGACAUCUCAUAGAACUGUUUAG